AUGAGAGAUCGAUUUAAAGAGCUGCAAGCCCUGGCGCUGCAGCUACACCCAGCAGCAGCAGCACAGAUGCAUCAAGGCGAGGGGCCCCCUGGUGCUCCCUUUGCUGCUGCUGCUGGUGCUGCUGCUGGUGCUGCUGCAGCAGCAAAUGAUAUAGAUAUAGAGCAGGGUUUAGUAGGGGGGCCCCCCAAUGCUGAAGACUCCCAGAGCGGAGGCUUCUUAAGAGAUUAUUUUAAUAAAGUUAAUAUACUUACAGCAGCAAUGAAAGAAAUAGCAGAAAAGAUCGAUUUAAUGCAGGAGCUAAAGACAAAACUUAUUGAGGCUACAAGCCCGGAUGAGGAAAAAGACGUGUCUCACGAGUUGCACAAGGUGCUUUCAGCAGCAACAACCCUUGUGCAGAAGACGAAGAGAGCCAUCGAGGGUUUAGGGUUAGAGAACAAACAAUAUGCUGCUUCUAGGAAGGGAAGCUUAGCUUAUGUAGGCGAGACACGGAUCCGAUUAAACCUGCAGCAAACCCUAGCAGCAGAGCUGCAGCAGCUGCUGCAGCAGCUGCAGCUGAGGCAGGCAGAAUACAGAUUUCAAGUGCGAAAAAAAGCGAUUCGUCAAGUUAAACUCGUGUAUCCUGAGGCGGUCGACACGGAAAUCGAGGGAAAAAAGCGAUUCGUCAAGUUAAACUCGGCGGUCGACACGGAAAUCGAGGGUUUGGUGGAUUCGGGGGAAUUAACUGCCGCAACCGCAAUCAAAAUGAAGACCCACCAGGCGCUGAGGAACGCAACUGCAGAUAUCCAAAACAAAUACAGAGACAUCCGCCGUCUGGAGCAGA